AUGAUUGUUGCGGGAUUGCUGGCAGCGACGGCGUGGAUGGGAAGCUUGGCGCUCGCUCUUCCCUCAUCGACGUCAACAUCACCAUCAACAAACAGCAACAACCUGAAAUACUACUUUCCGAGACAGACACUGCCGCAGUAUCCCUCGUCGUUUGAUCCGCUCAGCAACAACAUCCUCGCCGUCUACUAUGGCAAGGCACAAUACAACUCGAACCCAUCGCUAUGGGACCUCUGCAGUCUCGACGACAUUGACAUGAUUGUCAUGGGCUUCAUCCGUGGCUUCAAUGGCCCCAACAAGCAACCCAACUUUGAUAUUGGCUCAUGCAAGACGCCGUAUCAGCCACCUGCCAAUUUCACUGGCAUCACCUGUCCUGAUCUGGCAGCCAACAUCACUCGCUGCCAGAGCUUGGGCAAGAAAGUCACCAUCAGCUUGGGCGGUUCCAGUAGCGACCUGGACCUCGCCAAUGCCACGGAUGCGCAGCAAACGGCCACGACUCUCUGGAACAUCUUUGGUGCUGGCACAGACACUCCCAAUGCCAGGCCCUUUGGCAAUGUCACUCUAGACGGCUUUGAUUUCGACUACGAGAACUACGCCGAUACCAGCUACGUCGACGUCCUUGCCGGCACCCUGCAAUCGCUCUUCAAGACGUCCACUCCUGCCCGCUACAUCAGCGCCUCCCCUCUCUGCGCAAACAACACCGUCAUGCCCUGGGGCUUCUACCAAAAUGCAAACUUCAUCUGGCCGCGCUUUUACAACGCAAACGCAUGCAAAGCCGGCGGCAAAGGCUACAACAACUCCGUCACCGCAUGGUCUCACUUCCUCGAAAGCGUAGACUCAAACGUUGGUCCCCACUACCCUCGCUUCUACAUCGGCGCCCUCGGUUUCAACAACUAUAACAAUGGCGGUGGCUAUGUCGACCCCAAUGUCUUUGGCGAUCUUGUCGAGUAUACCAAGGACCGUGUUGGCCAGGAAAGAUUCGGCGGUGUCAGUAUCUGGGAGGGCACUGAUGCGUUGAAUACUUUGACGACGGAUGGCGCCAAUAUUUUGAACGUCACCAAGGAGGCCCUGCUGGAGCCCUUCACCAGCGAUGCCUGUGAUUGA